AUGAUGAUGAUGAUGAUGAUGAUCGAUGAUGAUGAUGAUGAUGAUGAUGAUGAUGAUGAUGAUGAUGAUGAUGAUGCUGAGGAUGAUGAUGGUGAGGAUGAUGAUGAUGAUGGUGCACAGCCACACGAGAAAAUAAUUAGCGUCGAAACAGACCUUGGCGGACCCUCACAUUCGACCCAGCCGCCACCACUCUCCUCUGCCAGUGCCGGUCUGCUCUCCCCGGUUGCCACUUGGCUAUCAGUGGGGCACGAAAUGGUCAUACGCGGCCAGCCUGCGGAACCCAGACUCGCUCUGCAUGACGGUAGCUUUGGUAUCACGGGUUAUGCGAAUCAUGGCGAUGUGCAAGUAAAGACCUUCACCUGCUAUGAAAUAACGCUCGCAAUCUUUGGACUGGACAACGCUGGCAAAACAACUACAGUGCAUAGCAUCCAGGGUGACUCCGUAAAGUACUCUACUCCAACUGUUGGCUUCAGUGUGUCGGAAUUCGCCAUCGAGAAUUUUAACAUCAACUUAUAUGAUGUGGGCGGUGGACAUUCUAUAAGGAAUAUAUGGAAAACUUACUAUGCUGAACUGUUUGGAGUCGUCUUUGUCGUCGAUGCAUCCCUGCCUUCUCGAAUUGAAGAAUGCCGCACCGUUCUUGCGAGCCUGAUAUCACAUCCCAAGAUUUCUGGAAAGCCCAUACUUUUGCUUGCGAACAAGAAGGAUUUGGUGGAGUCUAUGACAGAGGCUGAAAUAAUCGAAGCUCUAAAUCUGGAAGUCUUGGUGAACACAUACCAAUGCCCCUGUCGCGUUGAAUGCUGCUCUGCCAUCAAAGGUACCGGAAGGCAUAUCGACAAAGCGAUAAAACUGGGUCUGCGCUGGAUACUGGGUUUCAUCCAGAGCGAAUUAGCCAGCCUUCAGAGUCGCGUUUCAGCCGAUAUGCAGGAACAGGCCAGCGUGGACGCGAAGGAACGUGAGAAGCGGAAGCAGCGAGUGAAGAAGGCACGUGAGGAACGAAACCGACUGGAGACC